AGUAAAACUUUAUUUUCAAUUUUAAAAUGAAUUCUAAAAUGCACCUAAAUCUCCUAUUUGAGUGUUUUUAUCUGUUAAAGGUGAUUAAUCGCGCUGUUAAUCACUGCUCUAGAUUAGCUCCACAAUCUCAUCUUUUUAAUGGACGGAUUCAGACCAAACCGGGGUAACACCAACACUUAAAUCUCAAAGUAAUUUCCUUAAGAAGGAAUAAUUUAAACCAACGCAGCGUUGCAAGUCAUGCAUGAAUUUAAGGUGAUACAUGUGGCGGAGGAGACCCGUGCCACUGACACAUGUAAAUAUUUUUAUUUUCUCUGAGUUGCAUUUGAAUUAUUAAUGUGUUGAUGGACGAUUUCGAAAUUUAUAACACCAAAGUAAGGUUCCCUGAAAACACGCCCCUCGGUGCGAGAAGAAUCAAGGUCAUUCCCGGACUUUACCAUCAGCUGUGCGUAAUUGUCUGCGUCGACCAAUGAGCGCAGAGCAAGGGCGACCUCCACCAGCCGCAGUUGUGAUUGGGAAAACCUGCGGAGCCAGGAGAGAGGGUGGACAUUUGGGCUUGAAGGUGAGCUGGGUUUCAUGGAGAAGGCCUUAGUGGAGGCUGUCUGGCUCUAGAACAGCAACCGAGGCCUCAUUCUUGGCACAUUUUGCGCCUUCCGUCGUUUUUGGGGAUCUGAUUUGAACUUUUAAAGCGCAUGAAGUUGUAUUUUAUUAUUUUUUGGAAACCGCGUUGCCUCUUGGGCUUUGCAUCCUUGGAACGAUGUCUGAAAGAUCGCAGAGUCCCGAGUACCAGACUCGGCCCUAUGAUUACAGCCGAUCCAACACCUGUACUCAGGAAAGUUUUGGUAACUCAUCGUUCCAGCUUCCUCCUGGCGUUUUUCCAGAUCCGAGCUUGUUUUACAACAAACCAGCUUAUGGGGCCAUCACACCCGCAUCGGCGCAGACCUUUCUUCCGUUUCCUCCCGUCACCAGCGACUACAGGCCUUCCGAUCUGCAGGCUGGAGACUUCGGACAACCAAAGCAUUGGUAUCCCUUCGCUGCGCCCGAGUACACCGGACAGGUACCCGGGGUAAGCGCGGCCACCCAGCCCACAAACCUGAGCCCCCCCAUAGCCGAGACCCGGGAUCAAAUCAAGCUACCUCAAGUUAAGACUGAGAAGAACGAGUACUCAACGGACAUCAAGAUUGAGCAGUACCAGGGUCCAUCGGUCUCCACCGGGAUGCCCCACGGUGUCUUCUACCCCGCAGCCUGGAACCCGUCCUUCUGGCCCGGGAUCACUCACUUCAACCCCGCAGGUACCAGCAACCAACACCCUCCAGCACCGUCGACAUCGUCCCCCUCCAUGUCCCCCUCACCCCCGUGCAACGGCAUCCAAGGCAAUGCGUUUUUUACCAGCGUUAGUUCAGCCCAGGCUGCUGCCACGGCCCAACCUCUGAAUCAGGCCCCCAUCACGCGCAGCAGCGGCUCCUCCAGCGGGGGGUGCAGCGACUCAGAGGAGGAGAGCCUUUCCACUGAAGAGCUGGAACAGUUUGCCAAGGAGCUGAAACACAAACGGAUCACUUUGGGUUUCACUCAAGCAGAUGUUGGUCUGGCUCUGGGUAACCUCUAUGGUAAGAUGUUCAGCCAGACAACCAUUUGUCGCUUUGAGGCUUUACAGCUGAGCUUUAAGAACAUGUGUAAGCUGAAGCCCCUUCUCCAGAGGUGGCUGGAUGAGGCAGAGACUUCAGAUAAUCCCCAGGAAAUGUACAAGAUUGAGCGAGUAUUUGUCGACACCAGGAAGAGGAAGCGGAGGACCAGUUUGGAGGGAGCGGUGCGUUCUGCCCUGGAGGCGUACUUCAUCAAGUGUCCCAAGCCAAACACGCUGGAAAUCACUCAAAUCUCUGAUGACCUGGGCCUGGAAAGAGACGUGGUGCGCGUUUGGUUCUGCAACCGGAGGCAGAAGGGAAAGCGUCUGGCCUUGCCACUAGAUGAGGAGUGUGAUGGUCAGUACUAUGAGCAGAGUCCUUCACCGUUGAACAUGGCCCCCUCUCCCAUCCCCACUCAAGGCUUCCCACCUUCCAGUUACACCGGAGUGCCUCCUCCCACGCUGUACAUGCCCACGCUGCACCGAUCUGAUGUCCUGAAACAGGCUCUGCACUCUGGACUGGUAAGCCAUCUGACCGGAUGAGCUGGCAGGCAUUCCUAACCAGAACCCUCACCCUCAAACUGGGAACAAGAUCUAAAUCCAGUAACUCUGCUAAACUGAUGGAAAAUGGGGUUACAUGGUUUUUAAUUUUUUUUAUUAAGUGUUUUAUAACUGAAUGUUUAAUCUGCCUUUUUUGUUUUGUUCUUGCAUUCUGCACAACUUAAGCCAUUUAAACAUUUACAGGUUUGGACUAAGGUUUGUGCUUCAUUGUUUUGGUAUAGAUCUGAAGAUAAAGCAGAGCUGUAAGAACCCAAAGGAGAAAACCCGUGGUUAAUUCUGGGGUAGUGGUGCCUCCUUUGUAAAGUUUUAAUUCAUAUAGAUAUUUGUGCAAUACUUGUACCAUCUAAACACACAAAUGCCAAAACAUUACCAUAACACCCCAAUGUGUUUUUUCCUAUUUUGUUUUUGCACAAACUAAAAAAAAAAUGUAAAUAAUUAACCAUUGACCAAGAUUCAAGGAGAAAAUGUUGGAAAUGUGCUUUUGUCAUGAUUGCACAAUCAACAGAUGUUGAACGUGUUUUAAGCUACAUUUGUUGGGUCCUAUGAAUGCAUUGCAAUAUUAUUUUCUACUAAAUCUUUUUGUUUCAUAUUUUUUUAGUGUGUUCAACCAUAAAAUAGAAAAAACAAUGUUGAAAUGGAUCAGACAAGGGUUCCAGUUUUACCUCGAGUAUUAAUAUCUGAUGUGGUUAUUUUUGCCGUUAGUGCAAUUACAACUAUUACUGUAGUUUUUAGUCACAAAUCAAUUCUAAUAUAUUGAAAUUUGACAAAUAUUUCUGAAAAAACUCUCCAAAGCUUCAACUCUUUGCAAUAAAUCAUUUUUUGUUUUCAUUUACCGAUUUUGUUUUAUCUCACUAUAAACAUCACAAAAACCAGAUUUUGCUGCUGUUUGUAAAAUAAACUAGGAAUAAUGCAAUAAUCAGUGACCCUGAAAGACUGUCUGAUAAGUGACUGAUAAUGCCAAAGCUGUCUAUUUAUUUUGUAUUAAUCCAUGCAAUGUAAAAAAGUCCAACUGUUUUAGAUCUUUCAUUAAAAAUCAUUGCAAA